AGAAGGGCUGCGCGCCCGCUCUGGGCCACUGGUUUGUGCUGUUGGAACGAUGGCGCCUGCCUGCCUGCUUGCGCCGCUGCUGCUGCUGCUCCUCGGAGGCUUCCCCGUCGUCCCCGGAGAGUCGAUUCGAGAGACUGAGGUCAUAGACCCCCAGGACCUCCUGGGUGACAGAUACUUCUCUGGAGCUCUCCCGGAUGAUGAAGAUGCUGGGGCCCUCGAGCAGGACUCAGAUGACUUCGAGCUAUCGGGUUCCGGAGAUCUGGAUGACACAGAAGAGCCCAGGACCUUCCCUGAUGUGAUUCAACCCUUGGUGCCACUAGAUAACCACAUCCCAGAGGAUGCACAGCCUGGCAUUCGUGUCCUCUCAAAGUCCAAGGAACUGGAAGAGAAUGAGGUCGUUUCCGAAAGGAUCCCCUCGGAUGGGGAUGACAUAUCCAACAAAGUGUCCAUGUCCAGCACUGCCCAGGGCAGCAACGUUUUUGAGAGAACUGAGGUCUUGGCAGCUCUGAUCGUGGGCGGCGUGGUAGGCAUCCUCUUCGCCGUCUUCCUGAUCCUGCUGCUGGUGUACCGAAUGAAGAAGAAGGAUGAAGGCAGUUAUGACUUGGGCAAGAAACCCAUCUACAAAAAAGCCCCCACCAACGAGUUCUACGCAUGAAGCUUCUUCCCAGGAGUCCUGCUUGGACUUAAUGGAGAGAAGACUACAGGAUUGUGGACUGUGGGCGUUGGCAGAGCGGGCACCUUAAUCCUGACUUGUCAGGGUCUCCAUCUCUAGUCACCUUUCUGGUGUCAGAAGAGAUAUGAUCUUCUACUGUGCUGCCUCAGAGAGGGGGGGGGAGAGAGAGAGAGAGAGAGAGAGAGAGAGAGAGAGAGAGAGAGAAGAGAGAAGAGAGAAGAGAGAAGAGAGAAGAGAGAGGACUGAGACUGACUCUUGACUCUGACUGUGUGUAUGUGUCUGUGUGUGUCUCAGUUGCCCUGGGAGAAAAAUGGGGUUAAACUUGCCCUUUAUGAAGGCAAGCCUGGAAUUGGGUCUCUUUUUGUUUUGUUUUGUUUUCCGUUCCAAAUUUCCAGAAUAGAAUGGUUUAGAUCCUGUAGUGAACGUGUCUCAUCUAUAACUUCCUUGACUCUAGAGGAGAGGGGUUACUGUGUGAAUCUCAGCUCCCUUCCACAUGCUGUGUGAACCCUGUCCGUCAGGAGCUAGGGCAAGGAGCCAGGACCCAUUGCACCUUGAGAUGUGUCCGCCACAAGAGCUUGUUCACGCUACAGUGUCUCCGGUGGGCCUUGGGGAAUUCUAGGCUCAGUGACUUUGGAAAUUCAACCAUUUUUUUUUUUUUGAAAUGCAGGGAGGGUGGGGUGACGUGCUGAAAGCUCACGGGGAACUGCAUUUGUAGAAGAUUUGUAAAAAGCUUUUUCAUGGUUCAUUCCUUUAUGCAAGCCUGGGCUGAGUGUGGGGAUGUUCAGAUGUUCUAUCUAGAACAUUUCCAUUGCAACAGCUAAGUUUGUGUUUCAUGGUUUUUUAUGUUUGGUUUUUUUUUUUUUUGAAAAUGAGAGAAGAGUUGGAGAUACGAUUUUUAUGAUUUUUUUAAACUAUUUAUAGCUUCAGACAGGGCUGCUUCCCUUCCGCUUCCUUUCUUUACUGUCCCCCCACUAUUUUUAUUUUAUUUUUUCUUUGUUAGUGUUUUGUGCCCUUGUUUUUGACCUUGGCCCUUUCUGAAGUUGCUUUAUCUUAAGAAGUAGCUACAGUGUUCUAGCAGUUUCCAGAAUAUAAUGUAGGGGAUAGUGGGAUAUUUGUGUUCUUGUAAUAUAUAUUAUCCUUCCUUGGUUCUAGAAAAAUAAAUAUAUUUUUUUAGGCUAUAGAAUGGUAUUACAGGUCUUCAUGUUGGCUGGGUGGUUGCGUGAGUGAGUUUUCAUGUUUCUGAAAGGCUGUUGCCCUCUUCUCUUGCCCUGUUCCUGGUGCCUUCUUGUGAUUGGGCUGGAGUCGUCGACGGUACCUGACUCUAACCCUCACUGUGCCUUCUGCCAGGGGCCUCAGCAGAGGAGCUCCUGGGUCUGCUUCGUCCAGGCUCUCUAGAUACACGAUCCCAUACAGUGACCUUGUGUGGCUGUAUAAAUCAGUUCACUUCAGACUAUGUGAUUGGAAAUCAUUCCUCGGUUGCACAAGCCACACAAUGUUAACCCUCAGUCACCAUGCCCUGGGCACCGAGAUUUAAGCUGGUUUUAGCAGGUUACUGCUCAACUUUGCCUGUCUCUCCGGGCAAGAGAAGAGGACCAGAAGGAAGGUGAUGAGAUUCUAGGGACUUCUGUCAUCUGGGACUCUGUACAGAGGAGAGACCUAGUGGCUUAAAAGGCCUGGGGUGUUUGGGGAAAUCAUCAUCCCACUCUCUCAACUGUGCCCUGGGCCUGCAAGGAAGGCCCCCGUCACCACCUCCCGAGGGGCCUAGCUGGCUAGGUCCUCUUCUAGCCUUGGUGCCUGCUGCAGCCUUUUCUGUACCCCUCACACUGUCGUCUGUUACUGAUUUUUUUGAUAAGAAGAUAAUAAAACCUGGUACUUUCUAGA